GACAAUGGCAUCUCUCAGCCACAUCUUGGUUCUUUGUGUGGGUCUCCUCGCCAUGGUCAACGCAGAAGCGCCACAGGAACACGACCCAUUCACCUAUGACUACCAAUCCCUGCGGAUCGGAGGCCUCAUCAUCGCCGGGAUCCUUUUCAUCCUGGGCAUACUCAUCAUCUUGAGCAGAAGAUGCCGGUGCAAAUUCAACCAGCAGCAGAGGACUGGGGAACCUGAUGAAGAGGAGGGAACUUUCCGCAGCUCAAUCCGCCGUCUGUCCACCCGCAGGCGGUAGAGACACCUGGUGCGAUGGAAGCCAGCCAGAGCGGUGUGGAUCUGUCAGUCCCUUCGCGCGGAAAACCUGGGCGCCCCCUUGGCCCCGGCAGAGGGCGCCCCCACCCUUGGGGAAAGGGCGGGGACGUCGGCAGUGGGCGGGGGCGGGGGCGGGGGUGGCCGGGACGGGGGCGGGCUCUCCGGGCCCCCAUUGGCUACGGCCCCCUCCACACCAGGGCUCCCCCCAUCUCCCCCCGACAACAGUCCGUCCCGGUUCCAGCUGCUGCAGCCGCGCCUUCACCGCCUCGGCAUCCAGCCGACCCCUGCUCCGGCUUGGCAUGGCGACCCCGACCCAGGUCACCACAAAGGUUCCUCAGGAACCUGACCCAUUUUACUACGACUAUGACACUGUCCAGACCGUGGGCAUGACUCUGGCCACCAUAUUGUUCCUGCUGGGCAUCCUCAUCAUCAUCAGCAAGAAGAUGAAGUGCAGGAAGGCGGACUCCAGGUCUGAGAGCCCAACAUGCAAAUCCUGUAAGUCGGAGCUUCCCUCCUCAGCCCCUGGAGGUGGCGGCGUGUAGACCAGCCCUGGGCACCUCCACUACUGUCCCUGCCUGAUUGCGGGAGCCUGAGGACCAGGUGGAGGCGGUGGGGACCCCAGCCUUGCCCAGGGAGCGCUCCCCUGAAUGAGCCGUCCCACCUACUCCAAGGCUGGAGCCGCUGCACCUCCCCAGGCCUUGGCAAUUACGACCCCCCAAAGAGCCCGUCUGCAUCCCAGACCCAGGGACUCAGGCCUCCAGCUCCUGGGGUCCCGGGAGUCCACCCUCAGCCCCCCACAAUCCCUGUGUGCUACUCCCCGGCACCUCCCUGCUCCCCGCACCCUCAGCGUCUAUGUCUUGAGCUUAAUAAAUGUGCAUUUGGUUUUUCCCCCUG